AAGCGCCCUCUUAACGGUUGGAUGGCCUUUCGAGCCUAUUACUCUCCGCUCUUCACCUCACUUCAGCAGAAGCAAAUCUCGGGCUUCGUUAGCACCAUGUGGCAGAACGACCCGUUCCAAGCCAAGUGGGCCAUCACUGCAAAAGCCUACUCGAAGCUUCGCGAUGCUUUCGGUAAAGACCAUGCACCCCUGGACAGAUACUUCAAGAUCGCGUGUCCUGAAAUCGGCAUAAUUAGCCCAGGCCAAUAUAUGGAGAUGCUUGGUUGGGAAGUUUCUCUCAGCGAUGGCGAGAGAAAAAUCUCUCGCCGCUUCACCCCAGAUAUCUCGUCUUUCCCUGAGGAGUUGCGCACCACUAGUCUGUCAGCCGAUGAACUG